AUGAUAAUCUUGGAUGAAUUGCCAUUUAGGCACGUUGAGAAAGAAGGGUUUAAAAAGUUUAUGGAACGUGCUUGUCCUAUGUUCAAGAUUCCUUGCCGAAAAACAAUUAGAGAAGAUGCUUUUAGAUUGUUUCUUGCACAAAAGGAUCAGCUGAAGGAUUAUUUCAAAACAAAGUGUGGAGGUAAGGUGUCCAUAACUACUGAUAGUUGGACAUCUUGUCAGAACUUGAAUUACAUGUGCAUUACAGCACACUUUGUUGGGAAAGAUUGGAAGCUAUACAAGAAGGUGAUUAGUUUUUGCAAGUUAACUAGUCACAAGGGAAUUGACAUAGGUAAUGCAAUUGUCUAUUGCUUAGAAGAAUGGGGUGUGAAGAGUGUUUAUACCGUCACUGUUGACAAUGCAAGUUCUAAUGACACAGCAAUCUUGCAAUUGAGGGAUAGACUUGAAGAAUGGGGUACUAACAUUGUAGGUGGAAAGUACCUUCAUAUGCGUUGCAUUGCACAUAUAGUGAACUUGAUUGUGAGUGAUGGCUUGAAUGAGAUGGGGAUGUCAAUUAGAAGGGUGAGAGAAGCUGUGAGGUGGGUUAGAUCCUCACCUUCUAGAUUGGCUAAGUUCAAGGAUUGUGUGGACUUUCACAACAUUCAAUCCAAAAAAUUGUUGUGUUUAGAUGUGCCCACGAGAUGGAAUUCCACCUAUUUCAUGCUUGAAGCAGCUGUGAUAUUUGAAGAUGCUUUCUCUAGUCUUGAGAGAAAAGAUAGAGAGUACAAACCUGAGUUGAAGUCGAAGAAGUACAAGAAUCAAGAGAUUGGUAUUCCUCAGCAUGAAGAUUGGAAGAAUGCUAGAGUAAUGAUUAAAUAUCUGAAGUUCUUUCAUGAUUUGACAUUGCUAGCAUCCACUACUUCAGUUGUGAUGGCUCAUCGAUUCUUGCAACAAUUUGGGAAGGUAUUUUAUCACAUUGACAAGAUGCUCAAUAGCAAGGAUGAUGAUAUAGUGAGGAUGGGGAUGAAGAUGAAAGCAAAAGUUGAUAAAUAUUGGUGUGAGAAAGGGGGUUUGAAUUUGAGAAUGAAUAGAAUGGUGUAUGUUGCUGUGGUUCUUGAUCCAAGGCAUAAACUGAAUUAUCCGGAACAUAUUUGGAAGAAGAUUUGUGGAGAGAGUAGGGCAAGUGAGUUGGUGAAAGAGUUGACAAGUGAGUUGGAGAAGUUGUUUGAAUAUUACAAAGCUAGGAUGCCUAUUCCUCCACCCUCUUCUCCAAAGGUGGCCGUUGUUAAUUUGCCUACUUCACGGAGGGAGAGUAAGAGUAGUGAUGAUGAUGACUCGGAUGAUGAUGACAUUGACAUUGAUGAAGAUUAUAGGCGACCUCAACUUGGGGAAACUAAAACCGAGUUAGAUAAGUAUCUUGCUCACCCACGUGAAGAUGAUGAUGGUGCUCCGGAGAAGUUUGAUGUGUUGAAUUGGUGGAAAGUGAAUGCUAUGAGAUAUCCUAUCUUGACUGAAAUGGCUAAGGAUGUGUUUGCUAUUCCCAUGUCUACCGUGCCUUCCGAGUCCGCUUUUAGCACUAGUGGACGGGUUCUAGAUAGUUUUAGGAGCUCUUUGCAUCCCAAAAUUGUGGAAGCACUCAUUUGUAGUCAAGAUUGGCUUAGAUCAAGCUCUUGUGAGUUCAACUCUAAUGGUGUUGAUGAUGAUGACUAUGAGGAUGAAGAUGCCUUUGUGAAUGGUAAGUGA